GUUGGUAGUUUUUCCAGUAGUCAGUAGUUAUUUGCUCUCUCCAGCAGGAGCUCCAGUCGCUAUCAGAAGCCCCCUCCAGCUUUCCCUCCUCACUCCCAGCUCCAGCUCCGUCAUGGCGACAGUAGUGCAGCCUCUCAGCCUGGAUCGAGAUGUGGCAAGGGCGAUUGAGCUGUUGGAGAAGUUGCAGGAAUCGGGUGAUGUUCCUGGUCAUAAGCUACAGUCACUGAAGAAGGUUCUGCAGAGUGAAUUCUGUACAGCCAUCCGAGAGGUCUACCAAUACAUGCAUGAGACAAUAACAGUGAACGGCUGUCCGGAAUAUCAGGCUCGAGCCACAGCAAAGGCGACAGUGGCAGCUUUUGCUGCGAGUGAAGGCCACUCCCACCCACGAGUGGUGGAAUUACCCAAAACAGAUGAGGGGCUGGGCUUCAACGUGAUGGGCGGGAAAGAGCAAAACUCCCCAAUCUACAUCUCCCGCAUCAUCCCAGGAGGCGUGGCUGAGCGAAACGGGGGCUUAAAAAGAGGCGACCAGCUUUUGUCUGUCAACGGAGUGAGUGUGGAAGGUGAGCAUCAUGAGAAGGCAGUGGAGCUGCUGAAGGCGGCUGAAGGUAGUGUGAAGCUGGUGGUGCGCUACACACCCAAAGUACUGGAGGAGAUGGAGGCUCGCUUCGAGAAGCUUCGCUCGGCCCGACGCCGCCAGCAGCAGCAGCUCCUCAUUCAACAACAGCAACAACAACACAACCUCAACACUCAACAGAACCACACGGCAUUGUUUCAGAAGAAGAAAAAGUAAAUGACACUACAAGCUUUAUUCAACCUCCACAUUCUGAGAAGAGGGUCACGUCCUAUUCCAGCAAAGACCACUUCCUCUCGUUUUAGAGUACUACCUUCAGAGUUACCACAUCCUGAGCGUAGACACUGGUGCUCGCUAACCGUACGUACGACAGCAGAGCAACGGACGUGAGCUGCUUCUUCUUUCUGAUUUUUUUCCACCAGUUGUGACUCGUUCCAAAGAAAACGUCUCACUUGUAGUUUGAUUAGCGCUUUUGAUUUGUGUUUUUAAACCAGUUUCUUGUUUAGCCGCCGCUUUCUAUGCUAACUUAUUAACAGAUUCUUCUGGUGCUUGUGUCUGUUAGAAAGAAAAUAGUGUCAGAUGUCGUCUUUUACUGGAUAAAAGUGAGGUAUUUUAUACCAUACUGUAGCAAGAAAUAUUUUAUAUAAAGAAAUUUAGAAUUAGCAAUAACACUUCAGUUGGAUUUUAAAGCUUCCUGAAAAUUGGGUAAAAAUUCAAUUCAAAGCCGAACACAACAAUGUAAGAUACAAAACCUGCUUGGCUAACAACAAACAGAAGCUACCAGAGCAUGAAAGCUAACUGCUAAUGUCCCUGCAGACUUUAGCUACCAUUUGCUGUUAGCCUUGAUAACAUUCAUGGACAUUCUGAUAAACAUUCUUAGAAAUAAACUUUAAUAAACUACAGACUUUACCAAAUUGAGCCAAAAUGCUAAUAUAGCUAAUGAAAAACAAGCUAGCUGAACAUUAAGAAUAACUGUUAACAUUACUGUGAACUAACUGCACGCUUUCACACUUUAGAGCUAGUUAAUUUUUCAUUAGCCGUGUUACUAUUUUUAAACAUUCUGUGCAGAUAACAUUAAAGGUACACCGCACAAUUGAGAAAGCAAUGCUACUUACAAGCUAACAAUAAAACAGAAGCUAGCAGAACAUGAAUGUAAACUGCAAGGAUGAAUACUAGCUUUAGCCCACAUGUGUUGUUAGCCAUGUUAGCAUCUGCAUAAAUACAUUUAUUUACAUGAUCAUUGACAAUCACAGUAUAGAGCAAAUAUGCUAAUACACUGAAUAAAACCAAGCUAUCAGAACUUUUAGCAUUUAUGCUAACUAACUGCAUGCUUUCCCAUGCUACUGCUAGUUAACAUUUAAAUGUCAGGACAUUCUGUUCAAAUUAAAGGUAACUGGUAUGUGACGCUAAAAAAAAGCUCAAAAAAUGCUUCUAUUGCUAACAACAAAUGUUAGCCUGCAUAUCAGGAAAGUUAGCAGUUUAGCUUGAUUACUAGCUUUGUGCUAUUUUUGUAUCAUUUUGGCUCCAUGCUAAUUGCUGCUAAUUUAAUUAAAUUGACAGUGUGAUUAGUUUCAUUUACAGUUUUGUUCACAAUGCUAAUAUUUAUGAUGACGUGAAUGUCGUACACAGAUGUAAGAAAUAAAUAAAUAAAAUUAUAUAAAGUGGUGGUCAUGUAACAUAACGCUAUUUUAUUAUUUGUAAAUUUUCUAGUUUGUGAUCUUGAAGAGUUUUUAACUGUAAUUCUAUUAAAUUUUAUUGUAUAUUCUGAACCGAGCGUCUCGUUUGAUCAGAAUCAUCUGUAAUUCUGUCCACUUCUGACAAUCAUUCAUUCACUGAGAUCCACAAUGACAAAUGAAUUGACUCUCAAAUGACUCUUUAAAUGGCCCUUAAAAAUUACUCUUUAAAUGACUCUUAAAACGACUCUUUAAAUGACUCUGUAAAGGAACAGUGCAGUGAAAAAUCAGACCUACACAAUAUUUUUUGUGGUUUUGUUUUAGAGUAGGAUGCUAAUAAAGCUAAAGUUAGCCAUAUAAAAAAAAUCUAACACUAUAAUAUUAAAGAUAUUAAAAUAUUGAAAUAUAGCUCGGUUGCUAGGUUUAGGUUGUUGGUAUCCAGACAGACGUAGAGAGGCGUUGAAGCAACCAGAAAACAAUCUGCUGUAAAAGAAAUCAGAGGCAGCUGCGAGAGUUUUCAUUUGAAAUUGAACUUAAUUUGUGAAAAUGAUAUUUCUGCUGAAACUUGACUUGUUAGUCAGAGACAAAAUUCAUGCUAGCUAAUGUUAUACGAGUGGAAAAUAUUGCUAAAGUUAGAUUAUUUUAAUAGUUAAAAUAAAUUAACUUUUUUGGGUAGGUAAAGUUUUAGGAUUCAAGUCUUACAUGAUUCUAUUUGUAGCUAACAUAAAGUUAUCUGGUCUUGAGCUUCUAGAUUAGGAUUUUGCUAAUGCUACAUUUAGCAAGUAAAUUAUCUGGGAUUAUCUGUCAGUGUUAAUCUCACCGACAUUUAAACAUUAUUCAUGUUAACAUUAAGCAAUACUUUAUAAAAUGUCACUGAGAUUAACAAUAUCAUCUGGCACAAGUACCUUAGUGUGUGUGUGUGUGUGUGUGUGUGUGUGUGUGUGUGUGUAAAGAAGUGAAUAUCAGCCACUGAAGUCUAGUGAAAAUAAAUCCAGUAGAUUGUGUAACUUUCAUUUUGAACUGAAUUGUUCCUCUAAAGUGAGUCAAAUGAACCGAUUCACAUGAUGUUUAAGGAGUCAUUUUACUUCCACAGAUUAUUUUAAAUCUUUAAAUUUUAAUUCACAUCAAAAGAAUCAAAAUGCUGAACAGAUUUGUUCAAAAGAAUCAUUUCAGUAAAGUGAGUCAUGAAGCCUGGUCUGAAUCCGAAUCAUCUGAAUAAAAGUUUUUUUUGUUUGUAUUUGGUUUCUUUGUGAACCUGUAUGAGAUCCGCUGCAGUAAAAGCGUGUUGUAGGAACCAGACGAUGCUGUGAAGUCAAUCUGCUGUACGAGAUGUUCCUCGACAAAUCUUUUCUCUCUGUUUUGUAUGUUUAAAACACUUUUCUUAUCGAUGAUGUGCAUUAUGAAGACUGGUUAAACUUGUACAGAGAGUCAAAAACAAUACCAGGUGAUAUGCAAUUGUUAUAUACGUAUAUUCUAUUCUAUUAUAUUCUAUUAUAUUUCUAUGAAUAAAUAGAUGUAUGUCUGUGUGGG